GAAAUUAUGGGUUCUUCAGCAGCAGAAAAGCAUGAAUUGAGAGGUGCUUUCCUACAUGAAGUUGCUGAAUUAUUCGAAAAUAUACUCUCAAACCCUCCAACUCCAAAUCUUAUGGAGUUAUGGAAGGAACAUCAACACAUCAGGAAAGCGCUUGAGGGUAUCUCCGCGAAACAAGCUCAACUAAGCGAUACUGACGUUCGAUUAGCUAAAACGAGAUCAGCUAGCGACCUCAAUGUCUUUCUGGCUUGGGCUGAUCAAGUUGGCAUAAAACGGUACGGUGUCACCAUUGCAAACUGCGGCGAUGUGGAUGGUCUAGGAUUGCUUGCUGAGAAAGCUAUUCACAAGAAACAACGGUGUGUUACCGUGCCUCGUCAUGCUAUGAUAUCAACAGAUCUGGCUAAGAAAUCGUCAGUUCUAAAGAAGCUGUUUGAGCGUGAUGUCAUCGUUCAAAAUAUGGCGAACGUUGGUUUGGCGCUGUUUAUCUGUGCUCAACGUGUGAAGCCCGAUUCCAAAUGGACGCCUUAUUUGAAUGUGUUGCCGAGCGCAUAUACAACUCCAUUGUUUUACACAGAAGAGGAGCUGAAGUAUCUGAAGCCUUCACCCGUCUUUGAAGAGGCUCUCUUGUUUUACCGUACAGUAGCACGACAAUUUGCUUAUUACCUCCUCAUGAUAGGACGGAAUGAGGUGUAUGAUAAGCAGAGUCGGAGAGAAAAAGCUGGUACACAACCGCCACUCCUUUACUAUUCACCUUUCACCGUGGAUAAUUUUACAUUUUCUUUGUAUAGAUGGGCGGUCGGAACAGUAACGACAAGGAUCAAUCUUAUACCUAGUCAAAUAGAAAAUGCCAAAGAUGGAAGUGUGGCAAUGGUACCAGCUCUGAUCCCAGUACUUGACAUGGCUAACCACGAGUUAGUCACAGGAUAUGAAGAUCUUGGCGAUGCUGUAUCUUACUCUACUGAAGACGAUUGUGCAGAAGUGCUGGCCACAAAGGACAUAUCACCCGGGGAAUGGGUAAGCAUGUUCUAUGGGCGUCGUACAGCAGCAGAUCACCUGCUCCACAAUGGUUUCGUGCCUAUCGGAGAAAACCCAUAUGACUCCUACAAAUUGAAAAUCAGUCUUGGACACGCCGACAAAAACUUCAAAGAAAAGCAGAAAUUGUUCAUGGAGAUGGGAUUCAGUGAAAAAUCCAAUGUUUAUAUUUAUGACAUUGGAUGUGGUUCCCAGCCACUUCAUCCCUCUAUGGAGCAUUUCGCUAGGAUAUAUGUUGCAGAUAGACCGGAGGCUAUAUCUGAACCGGCGACUCUGGGAAAGGCCGUGAAUUUCUUGAAAAACCGCUUUGCUAUAUUGGAACGAUCUUACGGGACCAUUUCUGAAGGAAAGACUUUGAAUGAAAAGAACAUAGAGCGAUUAAAGAGAGCGGAAGUUGCCAUUUUGAAGAAUGCAAGGACCUACUGCGAGGAAUGGCAAAAAGAUUUAUUCGAAGUGGUAGAGGAAGAGAAUUGAUUGCAUUCAGUGGUAUGUACCAUUGCUAUUGUUCGUCAGCUGUCAUAGUUAUUUGACGGAAAACUUAUAGAACUCAAAAUAUACCGUGCUUUCUCGCCUCCACCAUGCAAAAGAUACCCUUUGAUUGAACGAGAGUGGCGGCUGGAAGGCGACCGUUCGCGCCCGCGACGCAGUCUGUGCCUCUCUCGUGAAAGUGCUCUCUGAUCAUCCUCUAGCCUUAAUUAGGUCACUGCCCGCCUUCCAGCCUCCAAUCUUUAGAUCAAAGGAUUGAACCAAGGCACGCGCCAUACUUGAUCCACUUGAUUCACUUCGUCCACUUAUUGAUCAGAUGUGACCAAUAGCUAAGUGGAUGAAGUGGAUAAGGCUAUUCGUAUCGCUAUUGCUAGCAACUUUUGUUCAUGAACAUCCAGCAUCUUGGCGAUUUUUGAGUGCCAGAUGGAUGAUGAUGACAAUUCAAAACUUCUGAUGUAACAUCUGGAGGAUUAGAUCAAUUAGCACACCAUAGCCGAUCCGGACCUCGUGAUUUUCUAGAUUUUUGUGUUUAACGAAAUAACUAUAGAACUUACUUGUAUACAGUUUCUAGUCAUGUUUUGUUUUUUAAAAUUUUUUUGAGUUUGUGCCUUAUAUCAUUCUGUGGUGCUUAUUGUUAGUCACUGAUUGCCUUAAAAUGUUGCAAUUUGAGAACAUUGCAAUUAAUAAUCGAAUAUGAAAUAUGCGUUAAUAUACAUUUUCAAAUUUG